AUGGUCAAUGUGCCAAACACCCGAAGGACUUACUGUAAGAAGUGUGGAACGCAUCAGCCUCACAAAGUGACCCAGUAUAAGAAGGGCAAGGAUUCCUUGUAUGCCCAGGGGAAGAGGUGCUAUGAUCGGAAGCACAGUGACUAUGGGGGGCAGACUAAGCUGAUUUUCCAGAGGAAGGCCAAAACCACAAAGAAGAUUGUGCUGAGGCUUGAGUGUGUGGAGCCUACCUGCAGAUCCAAGAGGAUGCUGGCCAUAAAGAGAUGCAAGCUUUUUGAACUGGGAGGAGAAAAGAAGAGAAAGGGUCAAGUGAUCCAGUUCUAA